CAGGUCAGUCUACAGUUUACAAUGGCGGUGUUAACUCGUGGUCUUGAUCACCUACUUGUCUUUCUGCUUCUUGUGAUGUUGGCGGCGCCAGGUCAGGGUGUAUCACAGAGGUCAAGACGAGACGCCCUUGGGAACCGUAGCUGCACUUUGAAACGCAGAGAUGAUGUUCCUAAGGCUGUCCUUGGAACCUCUUGUGUUUUACCCGCGUCAGUGCCUCUGUCUGUGCCUCCGUCAGUGCCUUCGUCAAUGCCUUCGUCAGUGCCUUCGUCAGUGCCUUCGUCAGUGCUGCAUCGGGCACCCAGAGAAGCACGCUACAGUACAAGCAACACACGCAGGAGAUAUUCAAGGUCGUCCUACUCCAGCGUGUUCAGGAACCAGAGGCGUGUUCGCAGGAGUUCCUUCGGCGGGUACAGACGGUGGGGCAGCCGGAGGAUGGCCACGAGGAGGACCACGAGAACCAUGAUGAGUCUGAGGAGGAUGUCUUUGGCUCGCCGCCUGCUUCUACUAUCUAUCUACCACUCCUAA